AUGCAACAAAAGGAAAAAAAAUUUGAACCCAUCAAAAUGCCCAUCAAAGCAAAAGGAUUGGCGGAUGCUUAAGUUUAGAAACAGAUAACAACGGAAAAGCAUCCCCAAAAGAAAAUUUAAAAACAAUAAUAAAAUCCUUAAUCAGAGGAAAGAAUAGAAUUUUAAGGGAAAGUUAACAAAGAAUCGAUUGCUGCUGAAAUAUUAUUGAAUGGAUAUGUGUAAUCAUAUGCUGAUUUUUUUUAUGUGACCAAUGAAACUGUCCCAAAAUUAUUUUAUCAGCCUUCAGGAAUUUCAUUAGAAGAGCAUUUUUCAAAUCAUAGAAUUCAUCAAAAAUAUAUUAAUUAAGAUGAAGAAUUCUUGUUGGAUUUAAAAAAGAGAUUAUAAAAUGCCGAAGAAAAUGCUAAAUACUAAUAUCCAGAUAAAACUCAGGCAUUGAAUGAGUACUUAAAUUUGGCUGAAUUCUUUUUUACUGAGUACUAAGAUUAUAUAGUGGCAGCCUAUUUUUACAAAAGAGUAAUUUAAAUAUCUAGAUAAUACACGGAAGCUAAAGCUGAAGGAAAAGGCAAACUAGGAUAUGCAAAAUGCCAUUAUCAAGUUGGGUUGAUAGAUUAGGCAAUAUAGAUUUUAGAGGAAAGCAUGAAACAAUGCGAAUAAUUGUAGAAUUUGGAUUCAGUUGUUGAAUAGAUGUCAACCGAAUUGAUUAAAAUUUACAACAGAAUGGCUUAGGAAUAUGAGAAGGGGGAUAACGAUUAAAUUGCAUAAUCAUUAAAAUAUUAUGAUAAGUGCAGAGAAGCAGCUUAAAAGGCAGGAGAUUUAGAAUCAGAAGGAGUAAUAUGCAACAAAAUUGGUGGGCUUUAUUUCAAAAUGCAGAAUAUCUAAAAGAGUAUAUAAUAUCAUCAUAAAUUCUUGGAAAUUGUAAAAUAGUUACACAAAGAAGAUUCAAAAUAGAAGGAGAUGGAGGCACACUCCUCUUUAGCUUAAUGCUAUUUAAAGAAGGGUGAUGUAGAUGAAGCCUAAAAGCAUUUGGAAAGCUACUAUGCCUUGGCUAAAGAUUAAAAGUUAUAUAACUCAUAAUCUGAUGCUGCAUUGCAUUUGGCUAAAUUAUAUUAAAGCAAAGGAAAUACGGCUAAAUCAUUAGAAUAUUUUUAAUAACAUUUUGAUUGCGCUAAAUCAGAAAAACCUGAAUAAAAGAGUCGAAAAUUGAUUGAUAGGGCUAGAGUUACUUAUGGCAUAGCCAAAGCAAAUGCAUUUAUGGAUAAUUAUAUUAAGCUCGUAGCAAACAGUGAUAAAAAUUUAAAAGCCUUACUAGAUUGGAAAUCAAAAAGGGACAAAUGA